CAGCCAAGCAAGAAGCACAUCUUGGCAGUCCAUUGUGAGGAGAUCGUUUUCUCAGGGGAGGCAUGGCAACUAUUCGAAUGAUAGAUAUAGCUGUUAACUUCACAGAUGGAAUGUUCAAAGGAAUCUACAACGGCAAGCAAUGUCACGUCUCAGAUAUUGCAACGGUCUUGAGCAGAGCUUGGGGUGCCGGGGUCGACCGAAUUAUUGUAACUGGUGGAUCGCUUGAGGAAUCGAGGGAAGCUCUUGCAAUUGCAGAAACAGAUGGACGGCUCUUCUGCACUGUCGGUGUGCAUCCAACACGUUGUAAGGAAUUUGAGGAGGCUGGAGAUCCAGAAAAGCAUUUUCAGGCUCUCUUGUCAUUGGCUAAAGAAGGAAUUCAAAAAGGAAAGGUGGUUGCAGUUGGAGAAUGUGGAUUGGACUAUGAUAGGCUUCACUUUUGCCCCGCUGAGAUUCAAAAGAAGUAUUUCGAGAAGCAAUUUGAAUUGGCACAUAUCACAAAACUGCCAAUGUUUUUGCACAUGCGAGCAGCUGCUGCGGAUUUUUGUGAACUAGUUGAGAGAAAUAGGGACAGGUUCACUGGUGGGGUGACUCAUUCAUUUACUGGUAGUGCAGAAGAUAGUAUUAAGCUUCUCUCAUUUGAUAAUAUGUACAUAGGCAUAAAUGGCUGCUCGUUGAAGACAACUGAGAACCUUGAUGUAGUUAAGGGUAUUCCUGUUGAGAGAAUGAUGAUCGAAACCUCACCUUACUGUGAAAUCAAGAGGGUAACUGGUGGAUCGCUUGAGGAAUCGAGGGAAGCUCUUGCAAUUGCAGAAACAGAUGGACGGCUCUUCUGCUGCACUGUCGGUGUGCAUCCAACACGUUGUAAGGAAUUUGAGGAGGCUGGAGAUCCAGAAAAGCAUUUUCAGGCUCUCUUGUCAUUGGCUAAAGAAGGAAUUCAAAAAGGAAAGGUGGUUGCAGUUGGAGAAUGUGGAUUGGACUAUGAUAGGCUUCACUUUUGCCCCGCUGAGAUUCAAAAGAGUAUGCAGUAUUUCGAGAAGCAAUUUGAAUUGGCACAUAUCACAAAACUGCCAAUGUUUUUGCACAUGCGAGCAGCUGCUGCGGAUUUUUGUGAACUAGUUGAGAGAAAUAGGGACAGGUUCACUGGUGGGGUGACUCAUUCAUUUACUGGUAGUGCAGAAGAUAGUAUUAAGCUUCUCUCAUUUGAUAAUAUGUACAUAGGCAUAAAUGGCUGCUCGUUGAAGACAACUGAGAACCUUGAUGUAGUUAAGGGUAUUCCUGUUGAGAGAAUGAUGAUCGAAACAGACUCACCUUACUGUGAAAUCAAGAACACGCAUGCAGGGAUUGGAUUUGUUAAAUCUACAUGGCCUUCUAAAAAGAAGGAGAAGUAUGAUCAAGAGUGCAUUGUCAAAGGCCGGAAUGAACCUUGUUUAGUUAGGCAAGUUCUUGAGGUGGUCGCUGGCUGUAAAGGCAUCAACGAGUUGGGUAAACUCGGUGAAACAUUAUACCACAACACUUGCAGGGUUUUUUUCCCGCAUGACCUGGACUCUGCGGCAGAUGCUCUUCUUGCCGGUGGUGAUUCCUCGUAGACAGAAUUAUUUCAUUCCUAUAAUUCUUCUUUUUUUUUUUUUGGUCGAAACACUUUUGAGUUAUUGUUCUUCGUGUCUAAGUGGACUUCCAAGUAUGUCAAAGUGUGUUACACCUACAACACGAAGUGAUUACCCAGAAAGCAGUCUCAUGAACGAUGAUGAUUUACUGUUUAGGGUCACUGUGAUCGUGUCCAAUGCUUUUCAUGGUGCAAAA